CGUCAGGACCAUUUAGUCAUCUGACAUUUCUCAAAGGUUUCGGAUCGAAAAGAAAUUCAUUCGCUGUUAUUUUUUUUCCUUUUUUGAAACUGUUUGAAAAACAUCAUUCAUUUGUUUUUUGUUUCAGUCCAUUCUUUUAUAAAAAAAAAUAUUUUUGAAUUAAAUGGAAUAUUUUCUUUUUUGUGUAGUUUAAAUUUAAAAAAUUAUAAACAAAAUUUUAAUUUAAAAAUUUUUCUUUAAUAACAAGCAUUUUUUGUGUACAAAGAGUGUAAUUUGCUGGGUUAAAACAAGAGAUGAGCUUUUAAAACUCAAAGGAAUAAAAAGAUUUUAAAUUUUAAUUAACAUUUCUAAUUGUUGUUUAUGCUUGCUUAUUGUGCUAAAAUUUUAUGUUAGAAAUAUUUAAAUUUGAAUUAAUUUGAAAUGAAUACAAGUGAGUUAAAAUAGAAGUACGAUUAAAAGUUCGUCUUUUUAUAAGUUGAUGUGAAAUUUUAAGUUCUGCUAAGCUCUUAUUGUACACACUGUUUUGUGUAGUCAAAUGUAUGCAGAUAACAAAAGUUAAUUGUAGCUGAAGUAAAAAUCAUGUACAAUUAUAAAAAGUAAUAAAUUAUCAAUAAGGCAUAAAUAAAGAAAAAAUAUAAAAUAUGUAUGUACAUAUAUAUGUAUAUGAAAUGAAUUAAUAAUUAUUUAUUGUGUAUAAAAAGAAAAAAAUUAAUAAAGGAUAAGUUAAAAUCGUCGCACACACAUGAACAUGAAAAAGAAAACCAAUUUGAAGAACAAGAGCAAGAGAUGAUAACAAAGUGAAGUGAACGAAGGAUAAAACAAAAUUUUUCAUUUUAUUCUGUUGACAAUUUACUUACAUGUGUACAUGAAUAUUCAAUAAAAUAUUACAAUAAAAAUAAUACCCAAUGUAAAAUAAUUAUUUAUUGUAUGUGUUGUGUGUAUAUACAUAAAAUACGGGAUUUCAGUUGAAUUAUUCUCAAAAAAGGAUUUUGUUUAUUUUACAUAUAUAUAUAUAUAUGUACAUACAUGCUGAUUGAAAACCGAUAAAAUAUUUAUCGAAAAUAAAUUCAACAAAAUAAAUAAAAGGCUUAAAAUUGUCAACAUAACAAUUGGAAAGUGGAACAAGAGAAGCAAUUAAAUGGAUGAUCUACCGUUUCAUUGUAACAAAAGUACAAUUUAUGUAUUAAAUACAAACUACAAUUAUGGAGAUCUCGGCGGAUUGAAUACAGAUUUUACUUCUCGUCCUAUUUAUUCUUAUGAAUCAUCUAACCAUCUGGUCUCUAAUAAAAUAGGGAAUGCUGAAAACCAUUCAACAUCAAGUGGUAGUAGUUGUGGUGUAGCUGCUUUAGCGAAUUUUUUCCCAUGUAGUAAUGCAUUUGGAUAUUUACAACAUCAGGAUCAUCAAAAAAAUAAAUUUUUUAAUUUUCAACACGGUCAUCAAAUUCAGCAUCAACAUCAACCACAAUUAAACAAUCACAGCCAAAAGUCAUUAAUAACUCGACAAAACAAGGACCAACAAAAAAAUUUAUAUAUUUCACCAGCAACGGCAACAUUACUGGCACAAAAUAAAAAGUUUCCAACAAUUAAACCGACGAUAAUAGCAAAAAAAACGAAAUUUUGGAAAUUUUUAGAAGAAGAAAAAUGGAAAAAAAAUUCGGUUGAAAGUUUUCCAAAAGAGCGAAUCAGUUCUAGUAGCGGUAAUAGCGAAAAAGGAUCAGAAUUGGCUAAAGGUCAUCUAAAUUUACAUAUUAGAAAUGAUACAUCGUCAACAUCGGAUUCUGAAACAAUAACAACACCAACGACAACUUCAUCCUUGUUAAAUUGUGAUAAUAAUAACAAUUACAAUGCUAACGAAAGCAAACACAGUUGUUGUAAUAUUAGUAAUAAUGGUAAACAAAAUACAGGAACUUCAAGCAACAUAACAACAUCAAAUAGUAACAGUACUUUAGAAUUAUAUCGAGAAGCUGUUCAACUAUUAGGUCUUUCAUGUACAUUAUGUGAUAAUUGCCGUUGCAUAGACUGCCAGAGUCGAUACUUUGAAUGCGAUGAUGAUUUCGAUUGUGAUGAUUCAUUAGAAGAUUGCCUCGAUACGUUUGGUCAUUUUGAUGGUGGAUCAUUUAAUAUUGAACCUGAACAAACUUUUGACAUCAGAGAAAUUUAUAAUGCUGUACAAGUAAAUCGAAAUCAAAGCUAGUUUUUUAAAACAACAAGUUAAUAUUUAAAAAAAAACGGUGGAAAUCUAGUGAAUAAGUGCAAAUCCAUCAUUUAAAAUCAUCGUAGUUUCUCAUAAUAAUAGUUGUCAGAUAAGGAAUAAAAAAAAUCAUACUUUUUCGGAGGUAAGUAUUAAAAACAUUCUUUAGAUAUGGUGUCGAUUUUUAAGAUAGAAAGUAAUAGUUUUUAAUACUAAUAAAACCCAACAACGGCAUAAAAGCUUUGCUUAUCAUAAAUAUAAUUGCGUGACUAACGAUAGUUUAAAAAGAAAUAUUUUAAAUCUGAAAAGAAUUCGUGUUUUGUUUUGCGUCCGUAUUGAUUAAUGAUUAUGUUAUUUGUUAAAAAAUAUACAUAUGUAUAUAUAAGUAUAUGUAUGCAUAAACUUAAUAAUUAUGUAAGAAUGCAAACUGUUAAUUUGAUAAGACGCACCUAGAUUUCAAAAUCUUUAUUUACAAUACAAUAUUUCAAGUUUGCUAGUUAUCCCUAAGCGAGACACUAGAUUUUCAAGCUCAAUGUCCUCUCUUUGGCAAUAAAAAUGUUUGUUAGGUAUUGAAUCGUACAAGAAUACAAAAAGAAGUACAUAAUCCUUUGGAAAAAUCGUGUUUUAUUUUGCAUACAAUUUGUCUCUAUUUCGUAUAUAAUAAUUUUAAAAUAUUUCUAUAGUACUUUUACAUAAAUCAAAAAUAUACAAAUUACGAGAACACAUUAAAAAUUAUAAUUGUAAAAUUUCACAGCACUUU